AUGGCUGUUCACCUAUGGCUUCGUGCAGAGACAAAACCAAAGGAACAUCGCACGGCAUUGACGCCUGGUGCUUGUAAAACUUUAAUGGAUAAAGGGUUCAAAAUUACAGUGGAAAAAUCCACACAACGUAUUUUCGAUGAUGUCGAAUAUGAAAAAAAUGGAUGUAAGAUUGUUCCCUCCGGAACAUGGAAAACAGAAGCACCAUCCGACGCGUACAUUAUUGGGCUUAAAGAACUUCCAGAAGACGACAAUUCACCAGUAACUCACUCGCACAUAUAUUUCGCGCACUGUUACAAAAAUCAGGAUGGUUGGCAAGAUGUGUUGAGUCGAUUUGUGCGUGGCAAAGGCGUUUUACUUGAUUUGGAAUUCUUGUCGGAUGAGAAAGGUCGUAGAGUAGCAGCGUUUGGAUAUCACGCGGGAUUCGCAGGAACAGCAAUUGGGCUCGAUGUGUGGGCGCAACAAAAUCUUGACCCUUCUAUAGAGUUUCCUUCCAUUGAUCCGUAUCCUAAUGAGAAUAAAUUGAUCGAGCAUGUAAAAAGUCGUGUAGAAGCUGCGCGUAAAGGAGGUCAAUAUCCACGGAUAAUGAUUAUGGGUGCACUUGGAAGAUGUGGAAAAGGUGCUGCCGAUUUUGCAUUAAAAGUUGGAAUACCAGAAAGUCACAUAAUCAGAUGGGAUAUUGCAGAAACAAAAAAAGGAGGCCCAUUCCAUGAAAUUCUAGACGCAGACAUUUUCGUUAAUUGUAUCUACUUAAAUCAACCCAUUCCCCCCUUCAUCACUAAAGAUAUGUUGGACGGUGACCGGAAAUUAUCAGUGAUUGUUGAUGUUAGUUGUGAUACCACGAAUCCCAACAAUCCUAUUCCCGUUUAUACCAUUAAUACUACUUUUGAUAAACCGACCGUUCCGGUGAAAACAAAAAAUAAACGCCCUCUUGAUUUGAUUUCAAUUGAUCAUUUGCCAACAUUACUUCCACGUGAAAGUAGUGAAGCAUUCUGUGGCAAUCUGAUACCGAGUCUAUUGGAAUUACCUAAUCGUAAAACGGCUAAAGUAUGGGCUGAUGCAGAAAAAUUGUUUGUCGAGAAAUCGAGUGGUUUGAAUUAA